AUGCAGCCUCCAUUGCCCUCUGCGACGCCGACUUGGCGCAAUGAUACAUAUGCGGCUAUUUCGCCCUUGAAGCCUGAGCUCAGCGCUUCCGGCAAAACCGUUGUCAUCACCGGCGCAGGAACCGGUAUUGGACGAGAAACCGCCGUGGCAUUUGCAGCUGCCGGAGCUGCGCACGUUGCUUUGCUCGGACGAAACAGCGACUCGCUCAAGCAGACAGCCUCUGCGCUGCCCUCUUCUGUCUCGAGUUCGUCCCAUGUGGUCGACGUCACACAGGAGGAUGCUUUGGCUCAGGUGGCCAAGGCAAUUGGCAAAUGGGACGUGCUUGUCCUAGGCGCCGGCUAUGUAUCAUCGCCGUCUACUAUCGCUGCCUCGGACUUUAAAGAGUUUUGGCAGAGCUUCGAGACUAACACAAAGGGAACAUAUGCAUCGCUCCAUGCCUUUUUGCCCACGGCCAACGCUGCCCAUGCGUCGGUUGUGGCGCUGACCACGGGCACCACGGCCCUCCCAGCGUCCAUGGUGCCGGGCCUAUCCGCCUACAUGUCUUCGAAACUCGCACAGACGAAGCUUAUCGAGUUCCUGGCUCUCGAACACCCCAAUCUAUUUGCUGCGACCCUGCAUCCGGGAAUGGUCGAGACUGGAGUCUUUACUAAGAGCGGUGCUUCGGCAGACAGCCUGCCGAUGGAUAAAGUUCAACUUCCGGCGCAUUUUGCUGUCUGGCUGACAAGCCCUGAAGGGUCCUUCCUAAACGGUAAGUCGGUCUGGGCGAACUGGGAUGUAGAUGAGCUCAAGGCAAAGAAAGACGCUAUUCAACAGAGCCAGCUCUAUACUGCUGGUAUCAACGGCUGGCCAUUUGCUCCAUAG